CAGCGUGCUGACGUCACGGCGUGCUGACGUCACCGCCGGUCACCCCGGAAGUGUUGCCAUGGCGGCGCUGAGCGGACUGGUGUCUGCGCUGGAGUCCUAUAGAGGCCGGGACCGCUUGAUUAGGACUUUGAGCUAUGGCUGUCAGCUGGUCGGUGGGCUCCUGGCUGAGCAGUCUUCUGUCAAAUCGGAAGUAGGGAAGAGGCUCCUGGUGAUAUCUGCACAGCUCAACCACUGCAGGACAGUCUUGCGGUUGUUCGAUGACCUGGCUAUGCUCGCAUACAGCAAGCAGUAUGGCCUGGGUGCUAAGGAGGAAGAUGCUAUCAUCCGCUGGCUGUCUGUCAUCAGUAACCUUGCUGAUCAGCUCUAUUACCCUUGUGAGCACGUUGCCUGGGCCGCGGAUGCUAAGAUUAUUCACAUCAACUCUACCAGGUGGUGGAUACUCAGUACGGCCCUUUGGGGCCUUUCACUUCUCUUAGGAAUUGGACGAUCACUGAAGAUUAUACUGAAUCUGAGAAGGAAACUGAGAAAUCCUGAAGGAAAAUCUGCUAGUAACUUUAGAAGAGAAAAGAAGCUGAUAGAAACUCAGAUGAAGUCAGAAACAUUAACCCUUCUGAGCAACUUGGCUGAUCUGGCCAAUGCCAUCCACUGGUUGCCUCCAGGAUUCCUCUGGGCAGGACGAUUUCCUCCAUGGCUGGUGGGUUUCAUGGGCACCAUGUCCUCUCUCAUUAGCAUGUACCAAGCAUCUGGGUUCAAUCCUGAAAAGUCUCAUGAAUCUUGACAUUGAUGACUGGUUUGAGGAACACAUGAAUGUGACUGAAAACUGAUCAAAGCCGGGGUUAUCAGGGUUAAAGCUGGGCUUUUAAUUGCUCAAAAUAAUAAGAUGACUGGGACACUUAAGAAAGUGAUCCAAAAUUUGCUACUGCCAGUCUGGGUGAAACUGGGCAGGGGUUGGUUUUGAUUCAAAGGAAUAAGACCCAAGAAAGUAUAUGGGCCUCUGGGGUUCUUCCGAUAGUACCAAAGUGAUUCAUCCUUUGGCUUUUUGUUUUGCAAAACUCCUGCAAGUCAUAGUGGAUUCAAAGGGUUGGUUCAAAUGACCGGUGGGUAGAACUUUGCAAUUCAUAGUACAUUGGGAGGGAAAGUUGGGAACCUUGAUUGAGCAGCUCUCUGGUUGCUCCUUCCCCUCAAACCACAGGGCUCCAGGUUUUUUGUUGGUGGGGAAUUGGGGAACUGCCAGUAUUUGUGGGCAACGGCUAAGACCUCCUAGCUGUCCCAGGCUGGCUCUGCAGAGAGAGGACCAAAUACCAUCUUCGUCAAGUCAGCUUGGUUUGUAAACCUUGGCAAGGCCUAAUGGGGAAUUAGCUUUGUUAAUGGUAGGGCUAUUCUGCAGGCCACAGACUUCUCAGGGACCAGCCAACAUCAGUAUCUAAAUAGGAUGUUUUGGCCUUACUUAGAUCUGCCUUUAAAUAAUAGCAUGUUAGGAAGGCGGAUUUCUUUUAGCUUGGCUGACUGAAACUCAGUUUCUUCUCACUUUUUUGUUAGACAAAAAACAGGAAAUGUUUCUUUUGCUGACAUUUGAAAAGCUGUGAGAUGUCACAGAAAGAGCGCUGAGCCUGAUAAUUAGGAGCCUAGGGCUUCUAGGAGAGCUUAGUCAAUUCAUUGAGCCUCUCUGGGCUUCUUUCCUAGACUAUAAUAAUAUUUGCUCUACCUUCUUCCACAAAUAUAACAAAGAUCAAAUGAGAUAUCUGAAACACCACACAGUUGGGAGGCAAUAUUAUCCUUGGAGUCUAAAAGCAAAUUCACUAGAUUUUGUUUUUGAAAAUAAGUUUUUAAGAUAUUAUGUGCUAAUGACAAAUGAAAGUGUGCUUUGAUAUACAAGAAUCAUCUAAUAUGUACCUAAGAAUAAA